AAAUUGGCUGGAGUGAGAAGUUAAAUCACGGAAAAGAUAUGUGUUGCUGCUUAAUCUAGCGCAGGACUGACUGGGGAGGAGGAUCUGACAGAGAAGAAGAAGAAGAAGAAGAAGGAGCGCAGCUGCACAAACUUGCCUUUUUGAUUUUCCCUAUACCUUUUAACGAUAUGGAGUCAGCCAUUAAGACAGUGGUGACCACGUUUCUCAGUUCUACCAGGGGGAAGGAGAACCUAGAAGGGAGUGGCUUCCAGAAACUAGUGAAGAAACAGCUUGGUGGCCUCAUGGAGGAUGCAAACUGCUCUUCUGCCGUUAAGGAGAUGCAGCAGGGAUUGGAUGCGAACCAAGAUGGGAAGGUCAGCUUCCAGGAAUACCUCACUCUGAUUGGCUACCUGGCCAACGCCGUCAGUCAGAAAAAGAGCGGAGCCCCGGCCCAGACAGACGCAUCGUAGAUGAUUGUGAAGCUGCAGUGUUUUUGGUGGAUCAGAAAAUGAACAGCCUUUCUUUUUGGCAUUUUUAAGUUUCUCUUCUUUUCUCAUUUCCAACUGUUCUAAACAUAACAUUUUUUUCCACAACAGUCCAUAAUCAUUUUCAUUCAGUUAAUCAACCAGUUGCUCAUCAUGUCUGUUCAGAGCGGCCAUAUCGAUCUCCACUGUCAGGGACACAUUGAAGGACUCUAAGAUGGGAGUUUUUAUACCACUUAUACAAAAGAUACUCAUUGUAUUUUCAAAAUAAAAGCUUUAUGUAAUAAAACUA